UCUCACUAAGACACACUAAUUUUGAGGACACCUUACCUGUUUUGAAAGACCUCAGGGAUCCAAGGCAUUCAGUGCAAAACCUGGCCAGCAGCCCGAUUGAGUAGGAGCCAUGUGACUCUGGUGAGUUGGAGUGUGCAAUUGCCUCCUGCUUCAGAGCUACCUGAUCCGAAUACUAAGCAGAGCGAGUGCCGGGCUGAGUGUAAGACACUGAAGACACUGCAGAGCAAGGUGCUUAUUCCAGAGGCAUUACAAAACAUGGAGAUUAAAGACCAGGGAGCCCAAAUGGAGCCGCUGUUGCCUACGACCUUGGAGAUCUUCAGGCAACAUCUUUUUUAGUCUGGAGCAGCUCAUGUUGUUGUGCUGAAGGAAAAAAAGAGAAAAACCCCAGUAUUUUCUUGACGCAGCAGAGAUGCCAAAUGCUAGCUUCCAGCCAUCUAUCAGCGUUCUCACAGAACAGCAGAAAUCCCCUCCCUGCACCAAACCAGACGGAGAGGCUGUUUCUCAGCUCUCUGCUACUCAGAGAAAUGAUGAAGAAGCAGUUGUGGAUAGAGGCGGUACUCGUUCUAUUCUCAAAACACACUUUGAGAAAGAAGAUUUAGAAGGUCAUCGAACACUGUUUAUUGGAGUUCAUGUGCCCCUGGGAGGAAGAAAAAGCCAUCGACGUCAUCGGCAUCGUGGUCACAAACACAGAAAAAGAGAUAGAGAGAGAGAUUCAGGGUUAGAGGAUGGACGGGAGUCACCUUCUUUUGACACUCCAUCACAGCGAGUACAGUUUAUUCUUGGAACCGAGGAUGAUGACGAGGAACACAUUCCUCAUGACCUUUUCACAGAACUGGAUGAGAUUUGCUGGCGUGAAGGUGAGGAAGCUGAGUGGCGAGAAACGGCCAGGUGGUUGAAGUUUGAAGAAGAUGUGGAAGAUGGAGGGGAAAGGUGGAGCAAACCAUAUGUGGCUACUCUUUCAUUGCACAGCUUGUUUGAGCUGAGAAGUUGCAUUCUGAAUGGAACUGUGCUGCUGGACAUGCAUGCCAACACUUUAGAGGAAAUUGCAGAUAUGGUCCUUGACCAACAGGUGAGCUCAGGUCAGCUGAAUGAAGAUGUACGUCACAGGGUCCACGAGGCACUGAUGAAACAGCACCACCACCAAAAUCAGAAAAAACUUACCAACAGAAUUCCCAUUGUUCGAUCCUUUGCUGAUAUUGGCAAGAAACAAUCAGAACCAAAUUCCAUGGAUAAAAAUGCAGGUCAGGUUGUUUCUCCUCAGUCUGCUCCUGCUUGUGUUGAAAAUAAAAAUGAUGUUAGCAGAGAAAACAGCGCUGUUGACUUUAGCAAGGGACUGGGAGGCCAGCAAAAGGGGCACACUAGUCCAUGUGGGAUGAAACAAAGGCAUGAAAAAGGACCUCCACACCAGCAAGAGAGAGAGGUUGAUCUGCAUUUUAUGAAAAAGAUUCCUCCAGGUGCUGAAGCUUCAAACAUCUUAGUUGGAGAACUGGAGUUCUUAGAUAGAACUGUGGUUGCAUUUGUCAGGUUGUCUCCAGCUGUCUUGCUUCAAGGACUGGCUGAAGUCCCAAUUCCAACCAGAUUUUUGUUCAUUCUUCUGGGACCCCUGGGAAAGGGUCAACAGUACCAUGAGAUUGGCAGAUCAAUUGCAACACUCAUGACAGAUGAGGUCUUUCAUGAUGUUGCUUACAAAGCUAAAGAUCGCAAUGACUUGGUAUCAGGGAUUGAUGAAUUUCUGGAUCAGGUUACAGUUCUCCCUCCUGGAGAAUGGGACCCCAGCAUUCGAAUAGAGCCUCCCAAGAAUGUUCCUUCACAGGAAAAGAGGAAGAUUCCUGCUGUACCAAAUGGAACAGCAGCUCAUGGGGAACCUGAGCCUCACGGGGGACAUAGUGGACCUGAACUCCAGCGAACUGGAAGGAUUUUUGGGGGACUUAUCUUAGAUAUCAAAAGAAAAGCUCCAUUCUUCUGGAGUGACUUCAGAGAUGCUUUCAGCCUGCAGUGCUUAGCAUCUUUUCUGUUUCUCUACUGCGCCUGUAUGUCUCCUGUCAUCACAUUUGGAGGACUGCUGGGAGAAGCAACUGAAGGUCGUAUAAGUGCAAUCGAAUCUCUCUUUGGAGCAUCCAUGACCGGGAUAGCCUAUUCUCUCUUUGGUGGACAACCUCUUACCAUAUUAGGCAGUACAGGACCAGUUUUGGUGUUUGAAAAGAUUUUGUUUAAAUUUUGCAAAGAAUAUGGGCUAUCAUACUUAUCUUUAAGAGCCAGUAUUGGACUUUGGACUGCAACAUUAUGUAUCAUACUUGUGGCCACUGAUGCCAGUUCCCUCGUCUGCUAUAUCACCCGGUUUACUGAAGAAGCUUUUGCUUCUCUGAUUUGUAUCAUUUUCAUUUAUGAGGCUCUGGAGAAGCUGUUUGAACUUGGUGAAGCAUAUCCAAUCAACAUGCAUAAUGAUUUGGAACUGCUGACACAAUAUGCAUGUAACUGUGUGGAGCCACAUAAUCCCAGCAAUGAUACAUUGAAGGAAUGGAGGGAAUCCAAUAUUUCAGCCUCUGACAUAAUUUGGGAGAACCUGACUGUGUCAGAGUGCAAAUCACUGCAUGGAGAGUAUGCUGGACGAGCCUGUGGCCAUGAUCACCCCUAUGUGCCAGAUGUUCUGUUCUGGUCAGUGAUACUGUUCUUUUCCACAGUUACAAUGUCAGCCACUCUGAAGCAGUUCAAGACUAGCCGGUAUUUUCCAACUAAGGUUCGAUCCAUAGUGAGUGACUUUGCUGUCUUUCUUACAAUUUUGUGUAUGGUUUUAAUAGACUAUGCCAUUGGGAUCCCAUCUCCAAAACUGCAAGUACCAAGUGUUUUCAAGCCUACCAGAGAUGAUCGUGGCUGGUUUGUUACACCUUUAGGUCCAAAUCCAUGGUGGACAGUAAUAGCUGCUAUAAUUCCAGCUUUGCUUUGUACUAUUCUAAUUUUUAUGGACCAACAGAUUACAGCUGUCAUCAUCAACAGAAAAGAGCAUAAGCUAAAGAAAGGUUGUGGGUACCAUCUGGAUCUAUUAAUGGUGGCCGUCAUGCUUGGAGUAUGCUCCAUCAUGGGCUUGCCAUGGUUUGUGGCUGCCACAGUCCUUUCCAUCACUCAUGUCAACAGCCUGAAAUUGGAAUCAGAAUGUUCAGCUCCAGGAGAACAACCCAAAUUUCUUGGCAUUCGGGAACAAAGGGUUACUGGGCUUAUGAUUUUUAUUCUCAUGGGAUCAUCCGUCUUUAUGACCAGCAUUCUGAAGUUUAUUCCCAUGCCAGUGCUAUAUGGAGUAUUUCUUUAUAUGGGUGCUUCAUCUCUAAAGGGAAUUCAGUUAUUUGAUAGGAUAAAGCUCUUCUGGAUGCCUGCAAAACAUCAACCAGAUUUUAUAUAUCUACGGCAUGUACCACUCCGAAAAGUUCAUCUCUUUACAAUUAUUCAGAUGAGUUGCCUUGGCCUUCUGUGGAUAAUAAAAGUUUCAAGAGCUGCUAUUGUCUUUCCCAUGAUGGUGUUAGCCCUGGUAUUUGUAAGAAAGUUGAUGGACUUCUUAUUUACCAAACGAGAACUCAGCUGGUUGGAUGAUUUAAUGCCUGAGAGUAAGAAAAAGAAACUAGAAGAUGCUGAAAAAGAAGAGGAACAAAGUAUGCUAGCUAUGGAGGAUGAGGGCACAGUACAGCUCCCACUGGAAGGGCAUUAUAGAGAUGAUCCAUCUGUGAUCAAUAUUUCCGAUGAAAUGUCAAAGACUGCCUUGUGGAGGAACCUUUUGAUAACUGCCGAUAACUCAAAAGAUAAGGAGUCAAGCUUUCCUUCUAAAAGCUCCCCUUCCUAAUCACUCUAGAAGCUGAUUCCCCAAAGCACUGAAAGCCGAAAAGAGAAGAAAGCUGACUCAGGGAAAGGUGUUGACAGGGAGACUUGUCUAUGACUUGAUCUUCAAUUUAUUUUUUUUCAUAUAUAUGAGGAGAGUGUCACAAUUAUUAAUAAAACUGCUUUGAUCAUGUAUUGUAAAUUCUGUUUCUCAUCCCCAAUCCACCUUCAUACUGUAAGUAGUGCAAUACUUGUUUCAUUUCUGUGUUUAACCUUCUGAGCAAGUGAGACAACCUUGUGAGCAGAUACAAUAGCUAAUGCAAGAAUCCGUGUUGUGUUCCUUGCUGUAAGACAUUUAUAAACACUGAAUUCUCAUUGUCAGCUUUAUGAGAGCAAUAGCUUUCUUAAAGAGAUAAGUCAUAUUUGCCUAGUUUGUAUUUUCCUACUUUAGUAACCUGAAGAUGCCUGAUAAUUUCAUUCAGAAGAAUUUUGAAAGGUAGUCUUACUUCUUUUUAUUUUUAUAGAUUAGCAUUAGUGACUUACUUAAAAAAACAAUCAAACAGUUAGUUUGAAAGCAUUUUUAAUAAUAAUAUUUAUGCACUUCCUUGAUUUAAUAUGAAACAUUUAAUACUUAAGAAUUUAUAUGUAACCAAAACUUACAGUCAUUUGAAAAAAAAAAUCUAUAACCUGUUCACAGCUUGUUAAAAACAAUCAGAUACUAAUGCAAUGAGUCAACUAGUAUUUGCUUAAAAUUCAAGUUGUGAAUACAUGAUCAAAUAUUAGGCUUGUAUGAAAUGCUUUAGAAAAACUUUGUAAUGGUUUUGUGGGAUUUAUCAGAAAUGUG